GGAGCUCCUAGCACCGCUGGAUGCUCUACUAUCCUCCUCCUAUCCUCCUACUCUCUGUGGAUGCUGUGGUAUUCUGGAUAUCUAUUUAUUUGCGUCUCUCCUGCUAGGCUUUUCUGCUGCUACUUGUAGACGUUUACGACACUGUUUUGGUUGGAAUGUGUUUCUGGCUGCUGACGACUGUUUUUGUCCAUUAAAUCUCUCUUUACACUGGUUGUAUUUUCGCCGAGGAGUUAUAGAUCUAGACUUUUAGAUGGCCUCCGGGACUCCUUGAACUCCACCUGCUGGUACUGCACAGGGCAUGCACAGAAGUUGACAUCCAGAGAUUGUGUUUGUAUGCAGGCUCAGCUUCGCUCACCUCUGCAGCUCAGUGGUAAGGAGAGAGGAAUAGAGGUGGAACCGAUACUAGUGGGUGGACAGACUCUACUGCAGCCCCUCUGUAUUGUACACACCAGAGCCUGCAUGUGCUAGGUUAGCAUGCUAGGUUAGCCCACCAGAAGGCUGGCUGGUACUGGCACACGACUCAAGCACGUACACACACACACCCAGAGACACACACUCAUACACAGCAACAUUCUCUGCUGUUCUCAGGGCGCAACAGAGGACAACGUUUGCUACUGUAAGACUGCAUUGCACGCAGAAAAGUGAAAGAAGAGACAAGAAGGAGAGGAAGAAACAACCAUCGAGUAGCAGCUUACCUCCAGGGGGAAACUAAAGUGCGAGGGAGAGGAGCACGGAUUGAUGAACUGACUGUCUGGUUAAAGAGAGAGAAACUGAUCGUCUGGUUAAAGAGAGAGAAACUGACUGUCUGUUUAAAGAGAGAGAAAUUGACCGUCUGAUUAAAGAGAGAGAAACUGACCAUCUGGUUAAUAUAUAAUAUAAAGAGAGAGAAACUGACCAUCUGGUUAAAGAGAGAGAAACUGACCAUCUGGUUAAAGAGAGAGAAACUGACCGUCUUGUUAAAGAGGAGAGAAACUGACCAUCUGGUUAAAGAGAGAGAAACUGACCAUCUGAUUAAAGAGAGAGAAACUGACCAUCUGGUUAAAGAGAGAGAAACUGACCGUCUGGUUAAAGAGAGAGAAACUGACCGUAAUGAGAGAUGAGAGCAGAACUGAACUGACCGGUCUGUUUCCUACAGCUCCAACAUGAACUCUUCCUCCUCUGAUAUGAACCAAAGCAGCUCUCCUUUCUGCCUGUUGGGCCUGGGCUACUCCUACAACCUCAACACCUGCAUGCUGGAGGUGUCCGUCAUUCUCUUCCUCACCAUCCUCAUCAUCAGCGGCAACCUGGUGGUGAUCAUUGUGUUCCACUGUGCUCCACUGCUCCACCACCACACCACCAGCCACUUCAUCCAGACCAUGGCCUAUGCAGACCUCCUGGUGGGGAUGAGCUGCCUGGUGCCCUCCCUGUCCCUGCUCCACUACCUCAAGGGGCUGGACGAGGAGCUCACCUGUAAGGUGUUUGGCUACCUGGUGUCUGUGCUGAAGAGUGUGUCCAUGGCGUCUCUGGCGUGUAUUAGUGUUGACCGCUACAUCGCCAUCACACGGCCGUUCUCCUACGCUACGCUGGUCACAACAUGCCGCCUGCGUGUCUGUAUCGGCCUCAUCUGGCUCUACUCCGCCCUCAUCUUCCUGCCCUCCUUCUUUGGCUGGGGGAAGCCCGGCUACCACGGAGAUAUAUUCCGCUGGUGUGCGACCUCGUGGCAGACCGAUCCGGGCUUCAGCUCAUUCAUUGUGGCUCUGCUGUAUGCGCCAGCCGCCCUCACUGUGUGUUUCACCUAUGGGAGUAUCUUCCGCAUCUGCCGUCAGCACACCCGCAAGAUCACCCAACGCCUCGCACGCUUCGGCCCCCAGGAGAACGAGAGGGGCGAGCAUGGUGAAGGGUGCCUGGAUAAACGCUAUGCCAUGGUGCUGUUCCGCAUCACCAGCGUGUUCUACGUGCUCUGGAUGCCCUACAUCGUCUACUUCCUGCUGGAGAGCGCCGGCCUCUAUCGCCACCUGGUGGCCUCCUUCCUCACCACAUGGCUAGCCAUCAGCAACAGCUUCUGCAACUGCCUCAUCUAUAGUCUCUCCAACAGCAUGUUCCGGAAGGGCCUGGGCCGCCUGUUCAAGUCGCUCUUCACCCCCUGUCUGGAACUGGGCUGCUGCACCGAGGGGAAGAAGGGUCCGGCUCCACCCAGCCAGCGCCCAGCCCAGGCCUGCUAGGUGUAACAGUCUCCUACAGACACUGUCUGGUUGGUUAGCUACAGUAAGCUAAGGCCUUGGCUUUAGCUCCUGAUGAGCGCAGUGUAUUACUACAUUGCAUGUCACAAGGUGUCUUGCUACAGUAGUAGUACAUGGAGACCCCUUGGGCCAGGCCAGAGAGGUGCCCAUGUCUGUGCCCUUCCUUUCAGAGGGGUGGUUUGCAGACGGUAGUGGGUGGGGUUUUCUCCAGUCUUUUUCUGGAGUGUUCUCCCAAGCGGGGCUGUCUGUUUCUGUUGCUGUGUGGAUCACAACGUGCGUGGAGGAGAAGGUGUGCGGUAGUAUAGAUGGACAUCAGAAUGGAUUUGAGGAAAAAAGAAGCAACUCCAGUCUUAUAGUUUUGGUGCCAUGUUUGGCGCCUGUGAAUCUUUAGCCUACCAAAUAUCUUCCAAAUGCAAAAAAAAAAAGACAAUAUCAGCACAACACGACUUGUGCAAAAAGAUAUUUCAACAUUGAUGCAAAACUGUUACAUUGUCUUUGUUCUUUCAGGGUAGACAAUAGUGAAUCAAAACAAGUAUUUAGAAACAUAAAAGUACUUAAAAUACUGUAUUUUUCCUCUUAGAAACUGCAACAGACAGUUUCCAUUUUGUAGCAGUUAUUGAAAACUGCAAUUAUUUGAACGUCAAAUUAUCUGAUAAUGAGGCUGUGCACUACAUUACAGUAUUACAUACAGAAAGGAUACCAGUUACCAGUAACAGUACGUUUCCGAGAAAAUACAUUUUUUUGUUCAGAAGCUCAUGUGUAUUUUAUCAAAAGGAUUCUUCUAGGAGGGAAUGUUGAUGUAUGAAAUAGCCGAUUUUGGCAAGAUGGCCGCCUCCAUGCCCACCGGCAUUCCUGUUUAUCAUGAACCUAUGUCUUCAUUCUGCAUUCUCAGUAAGGAGACAGGUUGAUUUAUUUGAGAAUUGUAUUCUCUGUCCAUGUUCCCUCCUCAGGUCGAACGUCAGUUGUUUGUUCACCCUUAAUUGCUGAUGCCUAGACUUGUCUUGAGACUGCAAAUGCAUGACUUGCUCCACAUUAUAGUCUGACAGCAAUAACAUAGUCAAUAAUUUCUUAUAGAUUGGAAUUGCAUCAUGUUAGGCAUGCUACCGAUCCAGAUGCACAACAAAAUACAAAGAUUAUUCUCUCCCUCUGUGGCCUCUGGCUCCUGAUAGCUGUACAGAUGAACUGAGUGCAGGAGUAGCACAUGAAGCAGAGGGCCAGACUGUCCUUCUAGAAGGCAGAGGGGUCAUGGAGACAAUGUGUUUCUAACAGUUUCAUGCAAAGUAGGUUUAUGUGGAACUCCUGUGGGUCUUGAAGGCUUUUAUGGAAAGUAGACUUGUGAAUUGCUUAUAGGUUUCUAUGUGAACUAAGUUAGAUCUCAUAUGUAGGAUAGGAGGAGCAAGACUUUGAACAGUAUAAACUUAAUUGAAACAUCAAUACAAUAAAAGGUGCAAAGGUGAUUGUUUUGUAUGUGCGGGAGACUUCUUCUAUGACGAACCCAUGGGUACCCAGGUGUCGACAAUCACUCCCUCACAUGCACAGUAGAGCAAGCUAGGGUCAACCUACCGUGGCAAUUAAGUAAGGAGCAUUUGAAGACGGGUCUGCAGUGCAGCACUCUGUAUUCUCAUCCCCAGGAAAUAUUGCAUUCCAUUCUAGGAAUAUUCAAGAACCACAAGGUCAGCGUGAACGCAUAUUUUUACUAUAGUGUGUAUGCAAAGCUUGUACACAACAUCUGUUACAUUUAAAGAAUGUAUGUUUUUGGAUAUCUGUUACAAGAAUACUGUGGAGUUAUGACUGUUGAUAUCCCAGGCUAAUAUAGGAUAAUCAUAGAUUUUUUUUAAAGAUUAUCUUUCUGAAAGAUGUUAUGCAUUAUGAUAUUUCAGACACCGUGAGUGGUUGGUGAGAUAAUCAACACAAAUUUUAGGAUGAUGCUACAGAAAUUACUUUUUCCGGCUAUAGCCUACACAAUUUCCUGAACAUCAUAACCAUUUAUGAUGGUGUGUAAAUAGCAUAUUAUACAGUAUUUCCUUUAGGCGAUCUAGUUUUCAGAAACGUCACCUUUCCGGGACCGACCUUAGUAGUUCAAGAAACCAGAUACAUUUUUGUAUGGGUCUUUAUUACUGUAUUUACACAGCCACACUAAGAACCCAAUUCAGAUUUUUUUCUCCAUAUCCAAUAUUUUUUUCUGACUGUCCACAUCAGAUUUGCGCAUUCUCUCUGAAGUAGCACACAGAUGCAAUGCUAAUUUCCUGUCAGUGUUCCUUAACAUUUUAGGGUAGUCGUCUUGGUAACGGCACUUCAGAGCAAAAUAAUCUCAUCUGAGGGUCCAGACUGAGAUUGCAUAUGGAGCAUCAGAAUUGUAUCAGGAUUGAGAUCCACAUAUGGAUGUGGUAUAAAUAUGAACUCAAAAGAUCAGAUUCCAAAAGAUCAGCUUUACGCAGGGAAAAGGCCAUGUCAGAAAAGAGUGGGAAUUUAUUUGGAAUAUUUGGAAAGAGGUCUGUCUGUCUGUCUGUUUGUGCAGUGGGGGUCUGUGCAAUACAAGUCUCUGUCCUCUCCCAACUCUUCUCAAGAGAGUAUAAAAUAUCAGUAGUGGUAUUGCUUUUAUUUUUAUUUUACCAGGCAGGUCCAUUAAUAACAAAUUCUUAUUUACAAUGACUGCCGGGCCUGCCACAAAAGGGCUCUUCUUGGUUAUCUGACACAAGCUUGUAGGUAACUGCAUUAUGUGCAUGUGAUUUUUGAUAUCUAUCUGUAUCUGAUUGGAGAGUAGUUGUGCUUUAUCUGGCUCACAUGACUGUUCUAGAAUGGGAACAUGUAGUGUGUGUUCUAUUGCGCUCACAUGACUAGAAACGUGAGUGUUUGUUUUAUACUGAGCUCACAUGAAUGCUCGUCCAUGGGAGAGUACUUUAUGUACUUUAGGUAACACUUCAUUUUAAGGGGUUCUUAUUACAAUGUAAUUACAUGUGUAAUUACACUGUAGCACGUAUUGUAGUUAACAGUAACAACCAAUAGUUACAGUGUAAUAACAACAUGUAACGGUAGUAAUUGUGUUCUGUAAUUACAAAGGUGUAAAUAUUCAUGCUUUUUACCAUGCUUGUUACAAAUGGGCAGGUUUCCACUAAAUUCACAAACUUAGUGUUUUGUUUCUUCUCAGCUGCAUCAGAUUCAGUAACAACUGUCACAAAGGUUGUGACCCCUCGUGGAUGCGCUGGGUGUCCGAGAGAUUAUGCUUAAUAGGCUCUAAUUACUUACCCAUGAAUGUGCACUGUUGAAAAUAUAUCUCCACUCAACGUUAUUGCCAGCACUUGCCACCAAAAUAAAGUGUACCAUCUGGGUUACCUUGGUCAUUCCAUUAUGAGGAAAAACACACUAUUUCAAGCAUAGUACGUAUAAUGUUUGCCUAAGUACAAUGUAAUUAGUAGGUGUUACAUGGGAUUUAGCUAGUUAUAAUUAAGUGUAUCUUGAUGGGUACUUACUUAUAAUUAAUGUGUACUUAUACAGUACACUACCCAUCCUGACAACCUGGCCCUCAUUUUAAAGCUUCUGGAAGUUUCACUUCAUUUCUGUACCUUAUUGUGAAAUGAAGUGAAACUUCCAAAAACUUUAAAAUGAGGGCCAGGUUUGGGAUGGGGAGUUGUAAUGUAUUUCGAUUGGAACAGCGACCACCAUCUCAACUAUCAUAUGAAUUCUGAUAAGGAAUUAAUUCUGAUAAAUUCUGAGGAAUACAGAGAUAUAAUGGCCAAACCUCAUGAAAUAUAAAAUGUUUCCCGGGGUUGUGUUUUGAAUUAACGUGUAACUGAACAACUAGUUUAUUAUAGACUUUUCUUUGCUGCCACCAUUAGAACCACCACAAGUGAUGUUUUAUUGCACAUUUUAAUUAAAAUAUAAGGUGGCACAAUGUUGAUUUCCCAAUGUAAAAAGCAAGCUCUUCAACAAAUGUUUUGUACCUCACGUGUUGGUGACUGUACCUGACGUGAUGAUAAGUACUGUAUGUAUUUUAUGACAAUUACCGAUGACCAUUUUGAUUCUGAUUGUAUCCUACAACCAAUAACUAAA